ACGACAACAAGGUCCCAUAAUGAGUGAUCUACAGCAAAGCGAGGCUCUUAAUCCCUAUGCUUCGCUAUGCAAACAAUGCGAGGGCUUCUUAAGCAGAUUAUUAACAGUAUAUUCCCAUCCUGAGAAAGAAGGGGGGUUGUCUCAAGAACAUCGACGCGCCCCUCCUAUACCAGCGUGUUAUCUUUGUAGUGUAUAUGUCGCCGAAUUUGCUCAUACGCAAAUAUUCCUAAACACAACCGGAGGUCGGUUUCUACGAUGGCUUCGGCUGUUUCUCUGAUAAGGCUUAUAACAUAAUUCUCCACCCGUACCACCAUCAAGGUGCGUAAAAAUAGAUGCCUCGAUAUUUUCGAAUUAUCUAGCUAAGAAAAAAAGUGGCUAUGAAACAUGGUUUAACUGGUGGUUCAAUCGGGACCGGAUGGACAGCAAGCAAAGUUCAGCUCGCUCGCAGAUGGCUCAAUAAGUGCCUCGAGACUCACGAGGGUUGUACCGUGGAUACGAUAAAAAGACGAUCAGAUUCGCGUAUCUCACCAACAUAUUUGAUCCGCAUUGAAGGAAUUAGCUCGGCCUUCUCUGCCCGAUUGGUCGAUACAGAAUUUUUCGGCGAUGACGUCCGAUAUCUUGCACUGAGUCACUGCUGGGGAGAUGCGCCGUUCAUGACACUUACUUCGGAUAAUAUCGCUAAUUUCAGGGCCAAGCUGCCAUGCGAAGACCUGACCUUCAACCAAACAUUCCGUGACGCUUUCAAGGUGACUCUCGAUCUAGGUUACAACUACAUUUGGAUAGACUCACUUUGCAUUGUGCAGAACUCACCUACAGGUUCUCACUGGACGAAAGAGUGUCCAAAAGUCGGGCAUAUCCACAUGAACUCGGACUGUAACGUUUCAGCAACUGGGUACAAAGAUGGAUUAGUUGGGUUUCUUAACCAAACUGCAACGAAUAGUCCUGUCAUGAAACUCAAUAUACCUGACGUUGGUAUUGUCUAUAUGUAUCACCAGACCUUCCACUGGGAACUCGUACAAGAAGAGCCGCUGAUGCAGCGAGGUUGGGUCUUGCAAGAGCAUUUCCUUGCGCCGAGAGUCCUCCACUUUACGCCCAAAGGCUUAUUUUGGGAGUGUUCUACCUGCGUGUCUUCAGAAAUCUGGACCUGCUCAAUACCGCGAACAUUGUAUUCGAGAAAGCAGCACUUCUCAAGAGCGCUUCGAGAGGUUGAUCAACAUAACCUUCCUAGUCAAUUUAGCGAUGAAGAUCUACUAUACAUCUGGUAUAGGCACAUUGUCAGUGCUUAUGUUAAUAUGCGUCUUGGGGACGCUAUGGACUGGCGGCCAUUUUUUAGUCACGGCUCAAAUGCCGUUAUAUAACUGGCCACUGGGAGACAAGGCUUGUGACGUCGCUGGGCUGGCGUGGGCUUAUAGAAAGCGAUGUCCAUAU